UCUUUCCCUCUCAAACGGCCUCAAAGCUUUCUCUCUCCUCUGCUCCUGCAAACAAGUUCUUUUGCUUUUACAUUAAAGCUUUUUGAAAAACUAGUUGCGGAGCUCCGAGUCUGUAACUGUACCAGUACUGCCAUGGACGGAGGAGGAGCACAGUACAACCCUCGCACUGUCGAGGAGGUUUUCAGAGAUUUCAAGGGUCGCCGAGCUGGCAUGGUCAAAGCCCUCACCUCUGAUGUUGAAGAGUUUUACCAGCAGUGCGAUCCUGAAAAGGAAAAUCUUUGUCUUUAUGGAUUCCCUAGUGAGCAAUGGGAAGUCAAUUUACCUGCUGAAGAGGUUCCUCCAGAGCUCCCAGAACCUGCUUUGGGCAUUAACUUUGCAAGAGAUGGGAUGCAAGAAAAAGACUGGUUGGCUCUUGUUGCUGUCCACAGUGACGCAUGGUUACUUUCUGUGGCAUUCUAUUUUGGUGCUAGAUUUGGUUUUGACAAAGCUGACAGGAAACGUCUCUUCAAUAUGAUAAAUGAGCUUCCAACAAUUUUUGAGGUAGUGACUGGAACUGCCAAGAAACAAGUAAAGGAUAAGUCAUCUGUCUCGAACCAUAGCAGCAACAAAUCCAAGUCAAAUUCAAAAGGGCGAGGUUCUGAAUCCCUGGCGACAUAUUCAAAGUUGCAACCAAAAGAUGGGGAGGAGGUAUUUGAUGAGGAAGAUGAAGAGCAUGGCGAUACCUUGUGUGGGGCAUGUGGGGAGAACUAUGCUUCAGAUGAAUUCUGGAUCUGCUGUGACAUAUGUGAGCAGUGGUUCCAUGGCAAGUGUGUGAAGAUCACUCCUGCCAGGGCUGAGCACAUCAAACAGUACAAGUGCCCGUCAUGCACCAACAAGAGAGCACGACCCUGAUAACCCGUUGAGGUGGGUGGGUUCUCACCUCGUAUGUUUGGCUCAGGUCAGACUUAGCUAACUGUCCAGUUUAGUCAGGUUUUCUGUCAUGAGUGUCAGCAAAUCAUGUGUAUGGAGUACUACGCUCUUGUUUAUCCAGAUUUAUUGUUAGUUUGCUACUCUUGAACGCUUUUUAUUUGAUUCUAAAUGGGGUAGAUAUAGUUCUUUGCUCUUGUAGGAAGGUGUUUCUCUUCUUAGGUCUGAAUAUUUAUUUAACUUCUGCCAUAUGUCAAUUAAUGCAGGCAACUUUGUGUCUGGUUGAAAUUUAUGUUCGUGUUAACUACUUUGUUUUUGAUGUCAGUUGGCAAGGAAUUAUAACUUGUAGGCAUUGAUUUUGAUUUAUGCCAUGUUUGGGUGACAUGAGUAGGAGAUUAGGGCUGAAAUCUUUGUACCUGGAUUAGGAUGUCCAAAUUGAGUCCAAUUGGACAUUCUAGAAAUUUGUUGUGGA